GCGGAUGAAAUAGAGUCAGAGGCACUUAGGCAAAGAGCGAGCGAGUCCUGAGUCAUCAUGACGAGAAGACAACGCCCGGGAGAGCAGUAACUUCAGAGGCCAUUAGCGUGCGGUGCGAGGCGCUCGGGCUCUCCUGCGCGAGUGAUGACGAGGCCCCACGAGGCGGCGCUGGAACUGAGCGAGCCCUUCCGACAUGCCGACAAGAGGUACAUCAUGCCGUCGGGCGUAGACAUGGCGCUGGAGAGCAGCAUGGCGGAGGAGGGGCCGACCACGACUGAGCAGGAGGACCUCUCGCGGUUCCUGCUCACGCCCGAGACGCCCUACGACCGGCUGGAGAAGGCCGUGGAGCAGAACCUGACGGACGGCCAGGGCGUGAGGCUCUCCAUCGAGGACUGCCAGUUCCUGCAGCAGCAGAUGGAGAACCUGAGCCUGUCCAACAUCACGUGCCUGGAACACGCGCCGCAGUUCAGCACGGAGUCGCAGGUGAAGGCCAUCGUGCUGGGCAUCAUGGCCCUGCUGUCCCUCGUCGGCAACACGGCCACCAUCGUCAGCAUCGCCAGGGAGAAGCGCCGCUCCCGCUCCACCGUGUACACGCUCAUCCACCACCUGGCCGUGGCGGACCUCUUCGUCACCUUCUCCUGCCUCACCACCGAGAGCAUCUGGACCUACACGGUGCAGUGGCUGGCCGGGAACGCCCUCUGCAAGCUCGUCAAGUUCCUGCAGAUGUUCAGCCUGUACCUGUCCACGUUCAUCCUCGUGCUGAUCGGGAUGGACCGCUUCAACGCCGUCCGCUCCGCGAUGCGUCGCUCCGACACCCAGCGGCGCUGCGCCUACGGCAUCGCCUUCGUCUGGAUGCUCAGCGGCCUCCUCAGCGUCCCCCAGGGAUUCUAUUUCUGGCGUAAGGACAGUCUAGCUGGAAAAAUGGCAGAGAAAGCCGGCCCAGUUAGCAGGAGCUGCGAACAGAGAAAGAACCUUCGGGUCUCUGCUCUGUUAACUCUUUAUCUCCGCAUGAUGGAGAGCCCACAGCGGUUCACUGCAACAACACUCGAUACCUGUUUUAAGCGCUUAGUGAGAGAUGGUACACGAGACGACGCCACGGAGGCAGUGCUUCACCGGGCCCACACUUUCCCCUCGGUCGACCGGGGUCUUCGCACCUCGUCGACGGGAACGGAGCUGUCGUCCGUGACAGCAGAGCGGAGCAGGAGCGGUCGCAGCGUCUCACGAGGCUUCUUUGUUCACAGCCGCGCUGGUGGAUAUACCUCCUUCCCAGAUGUUGGAGUACUGCAGGAUUAUGCCGUUUGUGUAGGCUUAACAGCCCCUCCGCACGUUGCUCAUGAGGAGGAGGAGGACGAGGAGGCGGAGGCGGAGCCCGAGGCCGAGCCGGAGCCCGAGGCCGAGCCCACCGAUCAUGCUGGUUCCCAGACUGACUCUGACUCUGGUUCUGAUCCACAGGGAGGCUCUAACAACGGGGUUGUUGGCGGUUCUAACUAA